UCCUUUUUCCCGGGAAACUUUUUCCUCGAGAAAAUCACUGUCGAUCCGCGAGGGCGCGAGGGCGCGAGAGCGAGAGCCUGCAAAAAUCGCCAUGGGAGACUCUCAUCAACCUCCUCGUCUUUCUGUCCAUCGAGCCCUUGGUGGUGGCUUCGUUGCUGAUUUGCUUCUGUGGAAGAAUUGGACCGGAGGGGCUACGUUGCUGGCCGGCGCCACCGCGCUUUGGUUCGUCUUUGAGAGAGCCGGUUACAAUGUCCUCUCGUUUGCGGCCAAUGUGCUGUUGCUUCUCUUUGCAAUCCUCUUCCUGUGGGCUAAAUCUGCGUCUCUUCUUAAUCGACCACUGCCUCCCCUUCCUGACUUGAAGGUUUCUGAAGAAUCCGUUGUUGAAAUUGCUGAUGUGAUGCAAGAGUGGGUGAACUACACGUUGUCUAUUGCAUGUGACAUAACAGUUGGUCGAAACUUGAAACUCUUCCUUCAGGUAAGUCUUGGCUUAUGGUUGAUCUCUUACAUCGGCAGUCUCUUCAACUUCAUUACUUUAGUUUAUAUUGGGGUCAUUCUUUCUCUGACAGUUCCCCUUUUGUAUGACAAAUACCAAGAAAUUAUUGAUGAAAAAUGGUGUAGAGCUCAUAAAGCUAUUCAAGUACUGUUAAUGCGGAUUGAUAACAGUGUCUUGAAGAAGAUUCCCCUGGCUUCUUAACAAGAAAAAGAAGACUCAAUAGGUUGACCAAUUUACAAAUGGGAUUGGAGGGUUGUAAAGGGGGCAUGUUGACAUAGGAAGAAUUGGCUUUUCAUUGAUAUAAGAUGAAGCUGGCCAGUAGAGCAGUGGGUAAAUAUUUGACCAGAACUUCGUAGCAUGGUAUGCCAGAGCUGGAAUGACAACAUUAGGUUUUGUAGAUCUUCUAAUUCUAGGUUUUUCAACCUGCAUUGUUCCACUUCCUCAUUGUGAAAAGCCAUGGUCUCGUUUCCUGCUUUGCUGAUUUUCCCUCGCCUCACUAGUUGUUUUAACACCUUUCUCUUCUCUGGGGUAAGAAAAGUCAUAGGGAAUGACUUUGCCUUUUCUUAAAUCGAAAUUGGAAAUGGAGCUUUUCUGGCCAUAUUCACUCUUUGUUUGUGGUUGAUCUUACUGAUAUUGCAGUUGCUAUAGUGCUAGGCCUUUUCUAGAUCUGUAGAAGUCUGUGGUUCCUACAUAUGAAAUUUUGGACAAAUUUUUAGCUCUCUCUCUCAACACACCCAACGCCUGUGUUGACCUGCGAGAUCAAUUUAGUAUCAAAUUGGCGAACAAUUGCAUGGGUUAGAUUAGAAUCUUGUGAAAUCGGAGACAGGAAAGUCGCUCUCAACUUCUACAUCGCGAAAUACUUGAGGGACUUUCAAUGCAGUUGACUUCA